UUCUUCUCUUCCCUCUUCCUCAAGCAAUCUCCCUCUCAGUCUUUUCCCUUUGACCUCUCCCAACUCUCAACUCCCAAAUUCAAAAUUUUCCUAUUUUUUCUCUCUCUAUAAAUACCUUAGAAAUCACCCAAGACAGAAAGAUUAAGAAAAGUUUAAUUGAUGAUGGCUCUACACAGGAAUCAUUUAGGUUCAAUAAUAAAAGAGCCUCGUUUUGUAGUUAAGAAGUUUCUUGCUAGACCUCAACAUGAAGGCCUUGGAGCUGUUGUUAGAAGAAGCAUCGGCAGGUCUGAGCUUAAAUACUUUGAUCCAUUCCUUGUUCUUGAUGAGUUUUCUGUGAGUGCACCUGGUGGGUUUCCUGAUCAUCCACAUAGAGGAUUUGAAACUGUCACUUACAUGUUACAGGGAGCAAUGAUACAUGAAGAUUUUGAAGGGCAUAAAGGAAGAAUUGAAGUUGGUGACUUGCAAUGGAUGACUGCUGGCAAAGGCAUUGUUCAUUCUGAAAUACCUUCUUCCAUUGGCACCCAACGUGGCUUACAACUUUGGAUCAAUCUUUCCUCCAAACACAAAAUGAUUGAACCGAGGUAUCAAGAAAUACACAACGAGAACAUAGUGGAAGCUACAAGAGAAGGAGUAAAAGUGAGAGUGAUAGCGGGUGAAGCCUUGGGAGUAAAAUCCCCAAUCUACACCAAAACUCCAACCAUGUACUUGGACUUCACUCUCGUCCCUGGAUCCCGCAUUGAGCAGCCAAUCCCGACGGGGUGGAAUGCGUUCGUGUACGUGCUAGAAGGCGAUGGCGGAGUAUUCGGAAGCAUGAAAUUGAUGCCGACGGUUACACCACAUCACCUUCUUUUGUUAGGGAAUGGGGAUGGGUUGGAGGUUUGGAACAAGUCAUCCACCAAAACUCUAAGGUUCAUAUUGGUUGGAGGUGAGCCAUUGAAUGAGAGUGUUGUGCAGUUGGGGCCAUUUGUGAUGAACACUCAAGAAGAGAUUGACCAAACCGUUGAGGAUUUUGAGAAUUGUACAAAUGGCUUUGAGAGAGCAAGGCAUUGGAAGAGUUCUUAACUAAAGUUGCUUAAUUUAAUUUGCUUCCUCUUGUCUUUAUUAUUUUACAUUCAUAAUUAUUUAUUGGGAAUUUUUGUAAGUUUGAUCCUUUUAAAUUUGUAAAUUAGAGUAUGUCAUUUAUAAAUUCAUAUGAAAUCAUUAUUAAUGUAUUGUUAACUAAUUACACAAUGCUCAAAGUUUCCUUGAAUUUAAUUA